AUGGCAUCAUCAUCAACUUCUAUUCUUUCGACCUCAUUUCUUCCAUCCAAAACCAUUUUUUCUCAGAGAAGAAGAUCAUCAACAAAUACAAGAAAUAUAUUGACUUUGGCUAUGAGAAAAGAAGCACAUGAUCAGAACUAUUAUAAUGGUAGACAUGUGGAUGAAAACAUGAAAAUGAUCGAGAAGAAUUACGAGCCGCCAGCAGAAUGGAAAAAUUGGGAGAAGAGGUUUUAUGGGAAUUAUAAUUCGAGUAUUUGUGAAGCCAUGGGAUUUUUGCAAUAUAUGUUGAUGAAUACAAGGCCAAGCUUAGCUUUAGGCAUGGUUGCACUUGUUGCAUUGAGUGUGCCCACAUCAACUAUUGGUAUACUUUUUCAUCUCUUAGAGUUUACUAAAGGGAUUUUGGCUGGUGUUCAUAUUAUUAGUUAA